AUGGCGGGUGUCUGUCCUGCCGAGAGUGCUGUUGAGGCCGUCGAAAGCGCUCUCGGCAUCGUCGCCUCCGCCUCUACUUUCGUUGUCCACUCCCCGCCUAGACCUCAGGCCGCUCGCGCGCGAUCAUCUACUAUCGUUGGUACAGGCUCUCUUCCACCUGGAAGCACACAACGCGGCCCUCCGACAAUUGACCUCUCCGCAUCCUCCUUCCGCAUAACCACCAAUCCCCAGCCAUCCCAGCCAUCAGCUGCUGCCGAAGCACUCACAAAUCUCAAAGGCAGUGCCAAGCGGCCUCGGAUGAGAGACGCUAGCUCGGGGCAUAACCGCGUCUCGUCAUGGCCUAGCCCGCCGCAACCGGUCGUGACAGCUAUGCCUUCCGCCCCAGCUGUACCUACCCGAGCUACUCUGGAAGGAGGAAUUUUGGACCUGUCUUCACUUGAGAAAGAGAGAGACAGUGCAACUCUGUUGCUAUAUACCUACCGACCACCGAUAUCCAAUGCUGCCAACAACAAUGCCGCCCACCCUUCUCCCUUACCCUCUACAUCAGCCUCGCCGACUGCACCAUCAUCUCAGGUCACUAUCAACUAUGCCGCUCUCCCUUGGGAUGUAAAGCCCGGGGACUAUCUUGAAAUCAGAAAGAUUGCUCGUCCCAAGACCUCUCGUUCUGUGGCGCCAAUGCGCAUACAAGGGCUGGAAGGAGAAACGCAGCAAAAGGUCAAAGGGUCACCUGCCAUUGAGGGCGUCAAGCCUGGAAAGGGUAGGGAGGGGUAUGUCUUCAGACUAGGGGAUGAUUCUCCCAAUACCAAUAUCCACCAAAUCCAGGUCCCAGACUCUGUCGCCUCCGCAUUCGGCUUCCAAAACAGAUUGGAGGUCGAAGUCCGCAGAGUGCACGACAAGGAAUCUGCCCACACCGAUUAUAUCGAGCUCUACUUUUCCCAAUACCUUGGACGAGCCGAUAUGUGGCGUCUAGGUAUGUCAUUGGAGGGCACCACAUUGCAUGUAGGGGAGAAGGUAUCCUUGGCGGGAGGCGCUGUGCGCGCAGAGGUCAACUUUAUAAUACGCAGUGAGAGAGAUAAGGAUGGGACGAUGAUCAAGCCGAAAAAGUAUUCCAGUGGUAUCGUCACCGCAAAGACAAAGACCAUAUUUCGGAGUAAGAGUGCCCAAGUGUAUAUAUUUAUACAGCUCUGUGAGGAAACCUGGCAAUUCGAUGAAGAUGGAGAGCGAUAUGUUGAAAAGGUAGUACAUGGCUACCUCCCCGAAUUGUUUGCGAGAUGGGCAGAAAAAGGCACAUCUCAUGUCGCCACAAUCGUCCUCUUUGCCCGUAUCUUUUACCGCGACGACGAGGUCGAGUACCUCCGCAAACAUGACAUGACAGACAUGCUGUGCCAAGAUCACUCUGGCCAAUGGUACAAAGACUUUUUCAAGGUCGCCGUCGAUCUCGAAAGGCGAAACGACUGGAUGAGUUCUCUGCCCGAGAUCAAGAGACAGCUGGAGAGGAGUGAGAGAGACAUCUUGUUGGAUUACCACUUGGGGCUGUUGAGAGCCAAAGGGGUUGAAGAGGAGAUCAAGAUUGUCGGAAAAUGGAGUUUUGCUUAUCAAGGCAAUGUCCUUGAAGCCAUCAACCUCGCUCUCAACCCCUUCGACGAACAUUACGUCGACAGAGAUCUUUCCCGCACCGGUCUGUCUAUCACUGUCGUCACACCCGGUACUGGUCACUUUGCCGUCGACAAGAAUCUGCUCAGGUUAACAACCGAGCGUAUGGUGGAUCAUGGUAUCACCACAGAUUUCGUCUGUCUCACCAAGAUGCCGCUUCAUAGCGUGCCCCUGUUCAGCUAUAUCACACACAAGCCAAAGGGCCCGGUUUAUGAAGAUGGCUCGGGUCAAAGAAGGCUUAUAGCGCCUGAUUUGCUAUACUUCGAUGGUCAAACAGCCAUUGCAAAGGACACCGAGUUGUCUGACUGCUAUUCUCUACCUUCUUGGGUUAGCUGCUCCUUCUACGCAGUGACUCACGACAAACCGUUCCGGGAAGACCGCUUCGUUCCGCGGUGCAAGAUGUAUGAUAUCCAGAUGCUCGGCAUACUGGACCACAACCUCACAACCGUCACUGUCCCACUCCUCAACGUCGACGAUACGCCCAUGCCCCGUCGGCCGCUCACCGCCGAGAAUAGAAAGACGAUCAGGGAUGACUUUGAUCAAUCCAUUUUCAGUAAUAAUGUGGAGAUGCCUCCAAAAGUCGGACUCGGUACUUCGCCGAUAGGGUCAGCGGCAUCAGGGAGCGUUCCGGCGAGCUAUCAGUCGGCGAGACUCCUGGCGGAGAAGGAGAAGGAAAAGUUGCCUUCACUGUCCAUGUCCAAAGACAGGACGAGCUCAAUGUCAAUGUCCAGACCAAAAGUGUUGGAGUUUCAGAACUCCAAGUUGUCUCCCAUCAAGGCCAUGGUCGAAAUGGAAGAUAUCGAGCUUGGGAAGAAGGCGCCUCUACGGGAACCGUCCCCUGCGCCGUCCUCGCUGAGUUUGCGCAAAGGUUCCAGGAGGUCACUCUCACCCACCAAGCUGGCACAGAUCACCCGAGUGCCUCAGGAUCCCAAACAUCCUACAGUGCCGUCACUGUUAUCAGAGAGUCGAGUCGGCUCCCCGACCACAGCGACCAGGUCGUUAUCUGCUUCUCCAGCCCCACCCCCCGCCGAGACAGGGAAAGACUCGUCUACGGCGACUUCUCCUCCUCAAGCCGACACGGCAGAGCGUCAUUCGUCCCCAUCCCCUCAUUCUAUUCGCUCCGUCACGACCGAUCAAUCUGGCGCAUCGACGCCCAAGCAAACGACGCCUGGCAAGAGCCUUAAACACCAACCAAGCAAGGGCUUAUUGCCAAGGUGGAUAUACAACAGCUUGAGCUUCAAGCCCUUAGUGUCUACCUCCACGCUGAGCUCAGCCGAGCCAGCGACAGAGACUGCAACGAGGUCGGACGUUGUUGGUGGCGCGAACAGAAGAUCAAGCUCUCCUUCACCUUCCAUUGGUUCUUUGAGAGGGCGAGCUUCAAAGUUGCCCAACCCUCAAGCCAUCGUGACUCCAAGCACACCCUCUCCUUCGCGCAUCGAGCGUUCAGAGUCUAGAUCAAUGAAACCUAGAGAGAUCAGAGACAGGGGAAAGGAAAACGGCCAGGAUCAAGGCACUCAGCCCCUGCCCAUUGCAGCCUCCAAAGCUCGUGUCCAAUCGCAGUCCGAAGAGGACGCCAUUUCUCGCUCGCUUCGCACGAAAUCAAACGCUGCACUCUCCAGGUCCCACGAGGAUUCCUCCUUGCGCGCAGCUCAAAGCAACGCCCUCGUUCAGUCAUCAAGGCACUUCACCAUCAACCCUUGCAAGCCUUCGGUGGAGACAAUCGAUCGAGUACGAGAUGCUGGUGGCCGUCGCUGGCGAUUUGUCCUUCCCAAGUUGACACAACAGCACAUCGUGCAAUGGCCCAGCCUCAUUGCUCCCGCAUGUCUACCCCUCACGACCGACUUUUUACCGGACCAAAAGCAGAGCGACGAGCUGUACACGACGGGAACGUAUACUGUACAGUGUUAUCUGGAGGACAAUGCCUUUUUGAUCAGGUCGGAUGCCGCGGAAGCCAAUCUGCCUUUGGCUAUGAUGCGCGAAAUGGUUUCGCAGAGAUUGUCUCAAAACUUCCAGGUCAUUGUACAACCCCAUGAGCUCUCUGAGCCGGAAACUCCCCACCCGAUGCCAAUUCAUCUGGAGAAAGACGCCGAUAUCGGCGUUGAACUCGUAUCCGGCGGAGCGUCAGAAGUGCUUAAGAAUGGGCAAGGUGCAAUUUGGCUUUCAUGGGCAAACCGCAUCCACAGGCUUCUAUUCCACCCGAAUAGACCAGAGAUCAUCGUACACUGGAUGACACGAAAGAUCAUGCACGAGACAAAGAGCGUGCCUUGGAAGGGGUUGGUGUGGCCCGCUGGGACGAACGGGUAUCAGAAAGCCUCUGCGACUUUUGCAUAUCCGGACGUCUCCUUGAAAAUCAACUACAACCACCUCGACCAUCUCAUCAUUGGGGAGCGUGCUGAUUUCGGACCUCUUCGAUACUGGCGGACGCGCUUCAUUUUGAUACCCUCGGACAGAGAGCCCGGCUCCUUCCCAGGUGUGAUGCCCAAAAACGAGUUCCUUGGCUCCAAUGACUUGCUGUGGCUCGGCUCACAGAAAGUCAUGGAGACGCUUUCUAGGUAUCUCUUGAAGUACCCUGAAGGACAGAUCCCGCAAAGGUCGAUGAAGAUUGUGACAACCACAUUCGAUCCAUCGACUUGCGUGUUGGAUGAGGAGCUGAUGAUGGAUCUCGCGCGACAGAUUCAUGAGGUGCCAAAAGGAAGCACCAGAAGAAAGAUAGAGGGGAUGACAUUGGCGCAAGUUGCGGAGGCAAUGUGCAUGCCAGGCAAUGGUCUUGUCAUCAGGACGAGAUGGUGGGAAGCGCGACAACAUGUCUCUUCUUUCAACGGUUUCGAACUUCGAGAAUGGUUGCAGAACAAUUUUGAGGAUGUUACUAGCCGAGAGAAGGCUCAAGAGUGGGCCAUGGAGUUGACCAACAAGGGUUUGAUAGAGCACGUCACCAAAUCUCACGGCUUUUUGGACUACUGGCACGUGUACUACCGCCUUCGCGAGCCGUACGAUCAAAUGUACAAGCCGCCUACCAAGCAAGAGAAAGAAAGCAAAAACAAGUCUUGGUUCUCUUCCAGCUCCAAAGGAUCUCGCCGUCAACCCCCUUCUGCUACCAGCACUCCUACUGCGGGUAAAGGCAAUGUUGCUGCUUCAGCGAUUGCCGAGCCUGUGGCCGCUAUGGCAGAUAGCAGCGCUUCAACCUCGACACAACCUAGUGCCGCUGGAGAUAGUAGCAGUACUGCCGGCGACUCUGAACACGACCAGUCCUCGCUCGCCAAGAUCUAUCUCAAGACCCACGAAGACGAAGAAAAGAAGGGUGGUAGAAAGAGAAAGAUCGUCAUGACUCAGACAAGGGUACUGGACCUGGACCCCAACAGGAAAAGUGACCGAGCAGAGGUUGCUAUUCUGCAUGCGGACGUUGUGCACAACGCCAAGAAUGCGUUCCACUUUGAGUUGAACUGGCUAGGUGUCACCGCCGCCCUUCUGGACGAGCUUCGCCAAAAACUCUCUGCACAAGCCGAUCGUUACGGGCUCCGCUUCGUUGAAACACCUGUGGAGCAGAUCGCCGAUAUCUCCAAAAAGUGUGCUUACCGCACCGCUAUCCCUAUCAAGCUCGCGCUCGCCCCUCCUGUCAUCCCCGACCUGCAUACUCGCCUCGUGGCGGUAGCACACGGUACAGGCCAAGCAGAGAACUACUUCGAGUACUCUAUUCUGACCCGCAAGUUUGGCUUUGUGCUUGACAUGGAGGCGACAGAUAGGUACCCCGACAACGUGGAAGUGGUCUAUGCCUAUAGAAAGGGCGGUGUCAAUAAGUACACCUACUCCCAGUUCUGUCACAAAACAGGCCUCGCGCUGGUGCAGUGUGUGGGCGGUGAGGAAGGAUUCUUGUGGAGCGACAAUAGGCUGGUAGUGUCAGCGCCUACAAGGAGGGGUGUCGGAAACAGAGUGGAGGAGGCAAGGUCGUUGAGGAGAGAAUUGGAUCAGUUCUGUUCGGAUAAGGAGCAGUUGGAGAAGUUUUACAAGGAAGUCACCCCACCUGUGCUCACGACAGGGGAGAACACUCCUGCACAGUCACCGGGUGAACAGUCUGCUCCACGAGAGGAAAAACCUGCUCAACAAGUUGCUGCCGAAGUGCAGUCGGUCACUGAAGAGAAGGCCGAUUCUUAG